UGUGGUAGAUACUGUCGUCAGCAAAAAUAAAUAACAAAUAUAAAAUAAUACAUUAAUAAAUAUUCAUCUGCCACCAAUUUAAAAAUACAAUUAAUUCUGAACACGAGAAGAAAUUUUAUUUCUACCUAUGAGAAUGUCAUUUAAAUAUUAUAAUGUAAAAAGGUGAAAAAUUAUAUGAAUGACGUGUACCUUUCCCACCUGCGUGAAAGAUUUGAAUUUUGAUUAGGACAGACGUAAACAAAUAAAAUGAAAGAGUUGCGCAAACGCCAAAACUAUGAAGAGUCGUCUAAUAUGGAAUGCGGCGAUCAUGCUUUGAAAAAUGGAGAGAUUAAAAGCCAUAAUAGUUUAAAGGGAGAUAGAGCAAAUAUAGCAAUAUUAUUUUUUCUAUAUUUAUUACAGGGUAUACCCUUAGGGCUAGCACAUGCAAUACCAAUGCUUUUACAGAAUCAUGGUGUUAGUUAUAAACAACAGGCAGAAUUUAGUUUAGUUAAUUGGCCAUUUAGUUUAAAACUAUUAUGGGCCCCAAUAGUUGAUUCAAUUUGGUCUACAAGAUUUGGUAGAAGGAAAUCAUGGAUGGUACCUUCUCAAUAUUUAAUAGGGGCUUUUAUGCUAAUCUUAUCUGGAAAUGUAAAUAAUUGGCUUGGCAUUGAUGGCACCGAACCAAAAAUUGCCUUACUGACUGCAGCAUUUUUUGUACUUAAUUUCUUAGCUGCUACACAAGAUAUUGCAGUAGAUGGAUGGGCAUUGACGAUGUUAAAAAGGUGCAAUGUUGGUCACGCUUCUACAUGUAACAGUGUAGGACAAACAGCAGGGUAUUUUUUAGGAUAUGUUGCUUUUAUGGCACUAGAAUCUAAAGAAUUUUGCAAUAAUUAUCUUCGAACAGUUCCAAGUGUCGAAGGUUUAGUUACUCUAUCAGGUUUCUUAUGGUUUUGGGGGAUUGUUUUUUUAAUUUGCACAACCCUAGUGGCCUUAUUUAAACGUGAAAAUAAUAUAAGUACUGAGAAAGAAAAGGGGAUCAGUUCUGGUCAGAGUAUAAGCACCCAAGAUUGCCAACCUGAAUAUGAUAUUCGACAAGCUUAUUCACUUUUAUACGACAUUUUAAAAUUAAAGCCCAUUCGAUCAUUAGCAGUUAUUUUAUUAACUGCCAAGGUUGCAUUUUCUGCAUGCGAUGCAGUUACUAGUCUAAAAUUAGUGGAAUCAGGUGUUCCUAAGGAGAAAUUAGCUUUAUUAGCCUUACCUCUAGUGCCGUUGCAGAUUGUGCUUCCAUUAGCAAUAUCUCGUUAUACAACUGGUAACCGGCCUAUGAAUGUUUAUUUAGCUGCUAUUAAGCCUAGAUUAGUGUUUGGAUUGGUAGCUGCUGGAUUAGUGUAUAUAACACCAUUAGUUUUAACGUCUGAUGGACAAGUUCCAUACUAUUAUUACUGUCUAUUAUUGAUCAGCUAUUGUUUCCAUCAGGUGACACUGUACAGCAUGUUUGUAGCAGUGAUGGCAUUUUUUGCUAGAAUUUCAGACCCAUCAGUAGGUGGAACUUACAUGACUUUACUAAAUACAUUAACAAAUCUCGGAAAUAGCUGGCCAGCAACUCUGUCCUUAGCAUUGAUAGAUAGUUUAACUUGGAGAGGUUGUGAUAUAUUACCAGAUAAUGGUUGUGAUAGUGCCACUGAUAAACAUACAUGUGCAGAAGCUGGUGGAACGUGUAAUGUAUUUCUUGAUGGUUACUAUGUUGAAAGUUUUGCUUGCAUAGUAUUUGGCCUGUUUUGGCUGAGAUGGUGUUCAGGAAAAAUAAAACAUUUACAAAAUCUUGAUAUCCAUGCAUGGAAAAUAACUAGAAGAAAGUCAGGGAGAUCCAGAUAACAUCAGAAUAUAUUAAAAAAUAAUUGUAAAUAUUUAUUUUAUGUUACCUAAUAACUAUAAAUGAAAAAAUGAUAUCUAUGACAGACACGCAAGUCACAAAUCAGACAAUUACAAUAAAGUUUUAUCAAUCACUAAAA